CGAAGUGGUUUGUUCCUCAAAAUCUCGCCAAAGUUUGUCCAAAUAUUUGCAUUUGGCUAAUUGCAAUUUCGACAUAUUCAAUGUAUCAAUAUUCUUUGCGACAUAAUGAACACACAGGAGAUAUUUAUCAAUUGUUGCCGAGGAGAUUUGGCCCGCGUGCAGAAUCUUGUCGAGCAGAAGGAGGUCGAUCUCAAUGUGAGAGAUCAGUGGGACAGCACCCCGCUGUACUAUGCCUGUUUGUGUGGACAUGAAGAGUUAGUCAAGUACCUCCUUGAAAAAGGAGCCAAGUGUGAACCCAAUACAUUUGAUGGGGAGCGCUGCAUCUAUGGAGCACUAACAGAUAAGAUCAGAAACACACUGAAGAAUUUCAAGGUGUUGCCCACAAACACCAAGCAGAGAGGGCUAUAUCAAGAAUUUCUGAGGAAGCUCCUGGAGAGAGGGAAUCAUGAGGAUAUUACUUUCAUUGUGCACGGGUAUAUAUUUACAGCCCACCGAUGCAUUCUUCAUGUUCGAUCGGCAUACUUUGCCGACAUGCUUCAGAAUAAGUGGAAUGGAAAGGAUGAAAUUCAUUUGACGCAUAAGUUGGUGCAGCCAGAAGCAUUCAAGUUGAUUCUCCAAUAUCUCUACACAGGUCGUAUGGAGGUUCACCUGGACCAUGUCGAGGACUGCAUCCGUUUGGCUCGUCAGUGCCAACUCAUGAACUUGCUGGAAAUGCUGGAAAAGGAGAUGAGGAAGAUCUAUCAAUUUGAGACGGAAAAGCCGAGCAUCAGUGUGACCGUCAUUAGUAUCGUGGAGAGUGCCAGUGACUCCAAGCUUGAGGGCAAUUUUGAACAGCUGGCGGUCAACUCAUUGCCUGAGGAACUGCCUGGAUCAUUUUUCAGCCAACUGCCAUUCCAACCAGAAAGUGAACAAGUUUCUCCCGACGUCUGUUUUAUUGUGGAGGGAUACCAGUUCUGGUGUCACCAGGCUUUUUUCUGUGGUCGAAGUGACUACUUCAAGACAAUGAUCAAGGACCCGUUUGGAGAGACAGCGAUUACUGGCAAGAACAACCCGGUUGUGACAGUCCACGAUAUCACACCUGACACAUUCAUUCAGAUCAUCUUCUAUAUCUAUCGGAACAGAUGCGAGAUCACCCUAGAAAAUGUCCAUGAUGUGCUUUUUUUUGCCGACCUUUACCUCCUUCCUGGUCUAAAGAAGCAGUGUGGCGCAGAAAUUGCAAAAUAUAUCGACGUGGACUGCGUGGUUGAAUUCCUGCGUAUUGCACAAUUAUUCACUCUCCCACGACUAGAGGAUGCUUGUGCCGAGUUUGUGGCAAACAAUUUGGAUGCAGUUAUUGAGCAGGAAGGCUUCGCAGACCUCAUCCAGCAGGAUGCAGCCAGCGUCGAUGGCCGUGAGGACUGCGAUUCGAUCCCAAUCAUCGACGACAUCAGAUUCUACAUCACCAAUUUCAUCCAGUCGUACAGCGACACUGCUGAAGCAAACCACAAACUCAACCUUAUUGAGGACUUACUAGAGGGGCUUGGUUUAGAUGGUUAGAAAAUUACAUGUUUCACGAGGCGAGCUAGGAAUAUUAGCAUAAUUUAUAUUUCACAAAGCCAACUAAAGCUUUUUUGAUGCAAGAUUAGCUGGAAAUAUCAACACAAUAUAUAUUUCACAAAGCCAGCUAAAGCCUCAAUUAGAUUUAAGCAUAUUUCACAAAACCAACUAAAAGCUGGACUAGAUUUAGGAGUUGUUUAAAGGACUUAUUCAGAUGUACAGUAAAACUUACUCUAUUUUAUGACUGGCUUGAGAGUAAUACCCGAGUGACUCGGUUUAGUUGGUUUCAAAGUCAGUUUGUUUUGGAAGUUACAAGAUGGACAUGGAAAGUUAUUUGGUGGACUCAGUGUUGUUGAUGAGAUAGUGAGAUGUAAUUUAUUUAUUUAUUGGGAACACUUACUUUGUCUUUCUGUGUUAGGUGGUCUAAAAGCCAAAGGAGAAAAUAUCUUUUGAAUGUUGCUGAAAUCGUAUUACUCAUCACUGUUUCCUGAUCUUUGCAUGUUUUUAUUAGUUAUAUCCUGUGAUAAUAAUCUUGAAGAGUUUCUAAAUACAUACACUGUGUCAAUUGCUAUUAACCUAGUUAAGGGACCUCUGUACAAAAUGCCUACCUGUAAUAGGCCUAGGUGUAAGAGACGCAUCUAAACCAGCUAAAGAAGCGUCAACAGCGUACAGAAUGUACUUAUGUGUAAUCACAAAACAAAUUUUUAUCCAUUAGUUACAUUGACCUAGGAAUCUUACAUCCUUUUGGCAAGAUCUUGGCUAAGUCUUUCUGGUACAGUACACCUUAGCAUUUGAAUCAUAUAGGGAGAAAUGUAGGCCCUCCCAAUAGCAUGUGUUCAUUGUAAGCUAAAAUUCUUUGGGUAUUUUAGCCUUUAUUUUAAUGUAUUGUCAUCCAUUUCACUGCACUUCUCUAUUAAGGACACCCUUGUGACUGACAUUGCUGACUGUCCAAAAUUAAUCGAGAGCCAUCCUGAUUACAGAGGUCAGUUCAAGAAAAUUCAGUGUCUUUAAAAAUAAAAGAGAGCGUAUCCUUGAUAGAGAAAUAUCCACUAAGAAAGGUUACACUGUAUCUGCAUGUCAGACAACACAAGGGAGGGUAAAUUUUACCUGUCAGCCUUAAAAUGGCAUAUCGAACGAAAUGUAAUUAUUUACACUACAGAAACACUGGCCUUCAAACUUGCUUUCAUUUGUCCCUUCAAGCCUCCCUUUAAUGGCCCGUCGGCAUUUCCACUUUAUGUGGCAACAGUUGUUAAAUAAGAUGAUGCCAAAUAUGUGCUAUUGUUAUCAAAAUUACUAUUAUCGUGUUGUUAAUAUUCAUUCUGAGAAUAUGUUAAUUAUAUAUGCACUCAUUUUCACA